CGAGGAGCCCCCCAGCCUAGGCACCGGCAAGGGCAAGCUCGCCGCGCCGCCGGGCCGCGCCGGCCGCCCACAGAGCGCGGUGCCGCGGCCGGGCAGCGGCGGGGCCCCUGGCGGCUGGGCUCCCGGGCAGCGCACCGCCGGCCUGGACAUCGCGGAGGCGCUGGGCGGGCAGCGCGCGGUGUCCCCCGCGCCGCUAAGCAGCUCGAAGCACAGGGACAAACACCUCAGCGCGUUAGGGCCUCCAGAGCACCACCGAAGCCGCUCGCCCGGGGAGCAGUCGCACUCGGGCAGCAAUCCGAGGCUCGGGCCGCUGGGCGACUCUCAGGCCACGAAGGAAAAGAAAGGUAAGAAGGACAAGAAGGAGAAGAAGGACAAGCGGCCCAUGCUGGAGCCCGAAGACCCCGGGGACAGCCUGGACGAGCUCUCCGGAGGGCGCUCGGUCCGUCCAGGGUCCGCCGUCCCCAAGCUCGGCCUGGACAUGCUCAACGGCGACAAGGACCUCAGCACGAGGAUGGCUUUGACAGGCGACGAACAGCAUGAUUUCAUGGCGGAGUUUCACGCCCGCGAUACUGUUUUGUUACAGUACGGCAACAUCGUGGACAAGGAGUUCGACGUGGCAGACAACCCCGGUGGCUUGAUUGCGCAGAGGAUCCAGCUCGGCCGCUACACGAAUCUCGGCACGCUCGAGGAAUCGGGCAGCAUGCCAGCAGAGAGCCAGCGCAAAUACGCGCAGGUGGCCCGCGGCGGCGGCGCCCCGCGGCAGCGGGGGGGCUCGCUCGCGCGGCGACCUGGCGGGUCGCUGGGCUGCCGUAGCAGCGGCGGGCUGGAUGGCGCCGCGACGCGUGACGCGGCGGAGGCGAGGGGGGUCGGGACCGCCAGUGCGGCGCCAACUGGGGCCGCCGCCGCGGCCAGCGUGGCCUGCGGCGGCGGCGCGCCGCCAUCCCAGCGGCGGGGGUGGAGCUCGCCCACGCAGCAGCCAGGCGGAGAGUUGGGCUGCAGUGGCGAUCGCGGCGGCCUGGCUGGCGCCGAGCAGCGCGACGUCGGCGAGGCCUGCGGCGGCAGCGCUGUGCGCGGCGGAGGCGGCGGCGGCGGCUGCAGCCGCCGGGGGCAGGACGCGCUCGGCGGCAAGGUCGCCUUCCUGCCAGCGGCCUGCCGCGCGGGGCGCCGGGCCUCCCGCAUGGCUGGGCCCUUCGCCGUGCGAGUCCUGGAGUGGGCGGGCGGCGUGGCGGGCGCCUACCUGUCGCGGUGCCCCGCUUGCCCCGCGGUGCCCGACUGCCACUGCGCGGCGUGCCCGCCUUGCCCGGCACUGGCUUCGUGCUCGUGCCCGCCGUGCCCGGCGUGCCCGAGCUGCCCGGGCGGGGCCGCCGCGCCGGCAGCGCCGGCCUGGCCCCCGCCGGAGAGCCAGAGCUGCCCCGCGCCGACGGAGGUCGAGCGCGCCGGCGCUCCGGCCUGGGGCGGGCUGGGGCCGGGGUGGUGGUUGGUGCUCGGCGUGGUGCUCGGGUGCCUUCUCGCCGUGCUCGGCCAGGGGGUGGUGCGCGGCGGGCUGAGCUGCGCCAAGCGGGAGUGGGCCUUCGUGCUGUACGCCGACGACGAGCACUUGUGGCACCAGAGGCUGAUUCUGGGGCUCGUGGGGUUGUCGGAUUUUAGUUACGUCGUCCUGACCCCAGACGGCGACGUCUACGCGGAGGACUACGGGGACGACAGCGUGGACGUGGCCGCCGUCCGCUUCUCCGGGGCGUGGGCCGCGGUGCCCGCUGGGGUGCCUCCUGGGCGGGUGUACCGCUUCAGGCAGCAGCCGACAGCUCAGGAGCGGGCGCGGGCGCUGGCUGACGCUCAGGCGGAGGCGCAGGCCGAGUGCCAGCGGAUCGCCGCCGCUCGAGGCGAUCCGAGGCUGCUGGCGAACCUCGUCUUCCUGCGGCCGCUGCCGGUGCCGGGCGGGGCUCCGGCCGCGCCUCGGGCUGCUCGCAUCGGGCCUCUGCAGGGGGCUGCGCCGGGCGCUGCCGCUGGGCCUCCUGUCGCCGAGUGGCGGGCGGCGAUGGCGGCCGGGCCCUACCGGUACGGCGACGUCGUGACUGACCACGCGAGGAGCGGGCUGGCCGUCGGCAAGCGGGACAUCCACGUACUCCCGGAUGGCGUCGGGAUCUUCGUCGAGCACGUGGACCCAACCGACGAGGCCGAGUUUUUCGAUCGGGCGGUGGCCACGGAUGCUCGGAUCACACCGAUCCGCCGCAACCGCCAGGACAAGCGGGAGCGGACCUGGGCGGAGAUGACGGCCGUCCUGAAGCAGGAGAGCUUCGGGGCCGACUGGCAGCUGCCGGGGCCGCGCUCGAGCUUGUGGUGCAUAGAGUUCAUCAACCAGGAGGGGAGCGGGCUGCUGGGCCACCACGAGCGUUUCAAGACGGCCUGCCGUCUCGACUGGAACUCGUGGGGGGUCUUCGAGCACUUCAACAUCUGCCAGGCCCUGACCCAGGGGCUGCUGGUGGACCAGCUGGACGGGAGCAACCUGAUCAUGGUCGAGUACCAGUUCCGGCGGCUCCAGACGAUAGAGUUCGGCCACUCCGAGCGGGCGAGGGAGGCGGAAUCGAAGAGCUACCAGGGGAAGAUGUCGUUGGAGGAGCAGCACGCGUUCGCUGGGACCACGAGGGCCUCGUCAACGCUCAUGAUCUGCCCGGACUUGCUGGACUACGUCCGCACCGAGGUGGAGCGGGAGGCGAAGCUGGCCAAGAACCUGAGCGCUGUUAGCCGGUCGGUGCGGCAGCGGGUUGGCGCGCGUGCUGCUGUGGAGCUGGACUGUGACCGAGCGGUGCGCAGCCUCAACGGGAUGUUCUCGCAUGCGCCUCAGCCGGCUCUUGGCCAGGGCGCGCCAGCCUGUGCUUUCGUCUCGCGCGCGCAGCGCGAGGCCAUCGACUUCGUCGAGGAGUCGGCGCGGGCCCUGGGAGCGCCGCCCCCGGGGCUCACCCCCGCAGAGGCUCUUCGGAAGCUUCGCGUGGCGAGCUGGUACGACGUGGACUCUGCCAAGCUCGGAUCCUACCGCCCCGACGCGAUCUCACUGCCCUCUGGCACGGUUCGGCCGAUUCCGCUGGAGACUCUGUGGGGGAGCGGCGGGAGUGACACCGUGAAGGAUUUUAUAUCACAGAAUUUGCUGUGCUCCGAGAGGGCGAAGCAGCGACUGCAGGGCGUGGGGCUGGAGCGGGCGUACUCUGACCCAGCCUUGCGGCGUCGGGGUGCGUAUGAGGAAUUCAUUCGUAUGUUGCAAGAGCGUGGCCUCGUCGACUUCGCCGAGUCUGGCAUCGAGUCCGUCGAGGCCUUCUUCGUGGAGAAGAAAGACCAGAGGCUGCGCAUGGUGAUAGACUGCCGGAGGGCCAACGCUUGGUUCGCUGAGCCGGCCGGAGUGAGCCUGUGCACGGGCGAUGCCCUUUCGAGGUUGGAGCUGGGCCUCAACGACGAGCUCCACAUCCAGGGUGCCGACCUCAGCGACGCCUUUUACCACAUGGGCUUGCCUGAGGAGCUGAGGGGGUACUUCUCCUUCCGACCCGUGCGCGCCUCGGCGGUUGGCAUCAAGCUCCUCGGCGGGAAGCCACUAGGCCGGGGCGCUCUUGUCACGCCGCGCCUGGCCGUGCUGCCGAUGGGGUGGAGCUGGGCGCUGUGGUGGUGCCAGCGGGUGCAUGAGCGCACCAGCGUCGAGGCCGGCGCCUGCCCCGAGCAGCGGAUCGUUGACCGCCGGCCGCCGCCGCCGAUGACGCCGGGCGCCCACCUAGAGUACGUCGACAACUUCAUCGCGAUCGGCACCGACUCCGAGUGGGUGGCGGCGCUCGUGCGGCGCGUGUCUGACGCGCUGCGCGCCCGCGGGCUCGAGGUGAAGGCCGAGGACCAUGCUGGCGAGCUGCCUGGUGAGUCGGAGGCGCUGGGGUGGUGCAUUGACCGAGGACGGUGCAUCGUGCGGCCCACGCGGGCCCGGCUGUGGCGUGCGCGCCUGGCUGUUCGAGGUGUGCUCGGCCGUGGCCGUCUUCGGGGACGCGACCUCGAGAAGCUCCUCGGGCAUCUGGUAUUUAUAUCUCUUAUCAAGCGCGAGGGCAUGUCUUUGUUCUGGAGCUGCUACGCCUUUGUCCGCAAGUGCUAUGACAAGGAGACCGGACUUUGGCCUGCUGUCCGGCGUGAGCUGGAGUACUGGGACGGCAUCGCGCCCCUCUUGUGGCGCAGCCUCCGUUCGCCUUGGACUGACGAGCUCAUCGUGGUCGACGCGAGCGAGUGGGGCAUCGGGGCUUGCGCUGCCCCUGCCCCCGCUUCGCUGGUGCAGAGGCUGGGCCACGUCUCCGAGCGCUGGAGGUGGCACCAUGGGCUGGCCGGCUCCGCGCCACGCCGGCACGCGGGGGCCGCGGCGGCCGCCGCCGCGCUGGCGGGCGAUCCCGCCGACGCUGCGCCGUGGAUGCUGGGAGCGGAGGCGGUCGCGGCCGCGGGCUUUCCUCCGCGGCAUGCCGGCGGCGACGGGCUGGGGGGGGAGGAUUCCGCCCUCCAUAGUCACAACCCCCAGACCCAGGCCGCCGGCGCAGCCGAGGGGGCCGCCGGGAGCGCGUUCGACGAGGUGCCGCCGGACGUGAUCAAGCUGCCCUGGCGCACCGUGGGGCGCCACCGCUGGCGCUGGCCGGAGGAGAGCAUGCCGGUCGCCGAGGCGAGGGCCGUGCUGCACGGGCUCCAGCAUCUCGUGAGAGCCUCGCGGCACCGUGGCCGGCGCGUCGUGGUGCUGGGCGACUCUUUGAGCGCGGCCGGGGCCGUGGAUCGUUUCAGGAGCAGUUCUUGCAAAAUGCUCCGAGUCACUCAGGCCAUCGCCGCCGUCACCCUUGUUACUGCCACCACCCUCCACUACCGCUGGCUGCCCUCAGAGUGGAAUGCAGCCGACAACCCCUCGAGGGGGCGUUUCUCCCCCUCGACCCCCCAGCCGCUGCUGCCUCGGGCCAAGGCUGGCGCGGCGGGGCCAGGCGCCGCUGGGCCGCCCGGGAAGCCUGCCGAUGUUGGCGCGGGCGCGGCCGCCCGCGGCGCCGCCGCGCGCCCAGACGGCCUCGGCGACGCUGACCCGGUCUACGUUCAGGCCUCCGGGGACGUCGAGGCGAGGGGCCCGCGGCGGCGUCCUGCCGCGGCGAGCCCGCCAGCGAGGAAGCGGCGUCGGGUGGCGGCGACUGCGGCGGCGGCGGCGCGCCGGCGCUCCGCGGCCGUGCAGCUGCCGGGCCUGAGCGUGCUGGAGACGGGAUCGAUCACGGCGGCGACGCGGGCGCAGUACGUGGAGGCUUUCGACGGCUUCCAGGCUUGGAUGGCAGAGCGGGGCGUGCAGCCCACGACGCUGGACGACUACGACGAGCAGCUGGUCCUCCGCCUGGACGAGCUCUACCUGGACGGCGAGGGGAUCGGGGCCGGGCAGAAGCUCUUCGCGUCGGUGCUCUUCUUCCUGGGGCUGACGAAGGCGGCGGGCUCGCCGAUGGCGCGAGCGCGGCGGGCGCUGCGCGGGUUCCGUCGGCUGGCGCCGCCCACCUCGCGGCUCCCGCUCCCCUUCGAGCUGCUGGCCGCGCUGGUAAACUACCUCGUGAGCGUCUCGAAGCUCGAGGCGGCGCUCGUGCUGUGGCUGAGCUUCGAGCUGUACUUGCGCCCAAGCGAGCCGUACCACAUCCGGGCCACCGACUUGGUUCGCCCGGCUCGCGGCCGCCUGGGGCACGACAGCUGGAGCGUGACUCUGCACGCCGCCGAGACGGAGGUGCUCUCGAAGACCGCCGAGUACGACGAGGCGCUGAAGCUGGACCUGCCGCGGCAGGAGCUGCUGGGCCCGGCGCUGGAGGCCUCCGUGACCGCGCGGCUCGGCCCCGACUGGCGGAGGCCUCGCCCCGCGGCGGCGCGCGGCGCCGCCGCGGGCGGCCGCGCGAGCGGCGCGGCCCCGGAGCCUCUGCUGUUCGCGAUCACGCAGCGCGAGGUCUCGAGCGCCCUCUCGGCCGCCGCCAAGGCCCUCGGGAUCGAGAAGUUCCUGCCCGGCCUGCACCCUUACAUGCUCAGGCACGGGGGCGCGUCUCACGACUACGGCAGCAAGGCCAGGUCCCUCGUCGACGUCCAGCGCAGAGGCCGGUGGCAGUCGUGGCAUUCGGUCCGCCGAUACGAGAAAGGCGCUCGCCUGUCGCAGGUGCUGCAGAUGGUGCCCGCUGCGAUGCAGGUGUUCAGCGGCUCCGGGCGCCUGGGACGGGCGGUCGCCGCUGAAGGGCUGCCCGUCCUGCUUUGGGACAUCUGCCUGGGCCCCGAGUAUGACCUGCUGAGCCCGCAGAAGCGUGGGCUGAUCCGGUCCUGGGUUCGAAGCGGGCUCGUAAUUGGCAUCCACAUCGGGACGCCCUGCAACACAUGGAGCCGUGCGCGGGACAUCCCGCCCGGACCGAUGCCGCUGCGAAGUGACGCUUUCCCUCUUGGCCUUCCCGACUUGAGCGUGAAAGAUCAGGCCAAGGUUGAUGCAGGCAACGUUUUCACGAUUUUCAGCGCUGGCCUCAUGCACGAGGCCAUCAGGGCCAACAUCCCAGCUAGUAAUGAGAAUCCCCAGACGAGCCGACUUUGGCUCGCCCCUCCUUUCGUCCGCCUGCUGCGCUCGUCGGCCGUCACUUUCACUAUCACGCACUUCUGUCAGUGGGGAGCGCCGUGGCGAAAAGCCACGGCUUUCGCCACAGUCAACCUCGAUAUGUGUCGCAUCGGUCGUGCGUUGUGCAAGUCGUCCAAGAGAGGAAUUUGUUCCCGCACUGGCUUGCCGCACGCCCAGCUGCAUGGAAAGAACGUGGAGCGCGUCUUUAAAACCAAGCUGGCCGAGGCUUACCCUCAGCGUUUGUGCAACGCCCUCGCCCAAGCCUAUAGUAAUGCCGUAAUAUCUCACAGGACUCGUGUUUUUGAGCGGCUGGUCCUACCAGCCAGUUGA